AUGGAUAACCAACCUGGAACUUCAAGACACCGAUUACCAAAGGGUAUCAGUGCAAGAAAGUCUGACUGUAGUUCACCUUCGGUUCCAAAAAACAAGUCUAAGAAAAGUGAAAUCAUUGUUUUAAGUAGUGAUGAAGAAACUUCGUUAAGUAUUGAUUCAAAGUCCAAUGAUAACGAUGAGGAAUUUAUUGUUAAGACUGAGCCCAAUGCUUCACCCAUAAAAGGCGCUUUGGAUCUUGAUUUGCUUCCGACUGUGAAGAAAUCAAAACGACGAGUGUCUGAAAGUAAUUCAUCCAGCAGUGAUUCUGUCGCUGAACCCGAAAUAGCUACCCAAUCUGCACCAAUUCAAAAUUCUAAUCAAAGCUCUGCUGAAGCUGGUUGUUCUUCACAACUCAAUGACACUGUGGAAUCAAGCUGCGAAGUUUCAUCUACGGCUAAGAACCUAAAAGAUCUAAUAUCUUUGCAUCUUCAAUCUUCUGAUGCCCUUCUAAAAGUAUGGGCCAAUUUGCAUGUUUUAGAUGCCAAAAGUGUAGCAUUGCUUGAAAAGUUACAGAGUUUUAGAAAGUUAGCGAAGAACCUCAAUGACAGCAUUAAAUCCUUUACCGAAAAGGAGUUUUAUUAUGCGAGGAUCCUGACGCCCCUCUUCCCGCAGCUGCUGUCUUUGCCUGACGACGCGCUGCUGGCCGUGCUGGCCUUCCUGCCCGCCAGGACGCUCUUCGCCUGCCGCGUGGCGUGCCGCCGCCUCAGGGACCUCUGCCUGCACCGCCACCUGUGGCGCUCCGUCUGCGUGGAGAGCCUGGGAGUGCUGCGCGCCGCGACGGCAGCCCUCGUCCCAUGCAUCGGCAGGAUAUCUCUCGACGUGCCGCUGCGAUCCACGGCCGCGCUCUUGAAAGACACUGCGUGCGUUGUCCGUGCGCUCGAGCUGGCGGUGCAGAACUCGCAAGAUGCCGCCCUGGCCUCCACUCUGCUCAGCGAGGUCUCCGCGGUCGGCGGCGCCACGGAGAUCGUCCUGCUCAUCAAGUGCAGGCGCCCCAACGCGCUGCAGCCGCUGCUGAAGGCGGUCUGGGACAGGCGUGGCCUGCUCACCCUCGACGUGACCAACAACUCGCGCAGGCCGCUGCCCAGCGACUGGUGCGAGGCCGACGGGGUGCCCUCGCUGACCAGGCUUCGCUACGACUCGCCCUCGGCGGACCCUUUCCUGGAACUGCUGCUGCGGACACACGCCGCUACACUGCAACACGUGGAGCUGCACCGACUGGAGGACGUCCCCGCGUCGCUCCUCGCUUCAGCUCUCCAGCUGCGCUCCCUGAAGUGUUCGCCGUGUGAAGGUUUGUCGAAGCUGGUGGACUUGCCCGAUCUGUCCAGCAUCGACCUAUCCCAUGAGAGUUACCUUAACUGCCACUGCCUAGAGGCAGAAAGCGCCGCAUUCCCGCGAGGUACCCUGGCAUUCCUCACAGAGGCGUCCCACCUACGGAGCGUCACGCUCUGCGUUUCCACGGAGGACUCUGAAGCACCACUGCUAGUCCAGGCAAACAUUACAAAAUAACGGGAUUUUCCGGACAAAAUUGCUAACAAGCUGCAAUUUUGGGAUUCGAUAGAGUUCAUAUUGUAGAAUAACAUACCAAAAAUCCCAAAACUUUUAUCGACCACAUUGGCCGCAAUCAGCGUUCAAUGUUCAAAAUUUACACUUUUCGAACGGCGGCUAUAACUUUUUACCUAU